CUCGACGCGGCUGCCUCCGGCGUCCACUUCUAAGUAGAAGCAUGGUAAAAUCCAUGUACUUUUGGAGUACACAUAUGCAUGGAUUUUAACCAUUCACAUAUUUAGGCUUUUGCAUAAUUGGAUACACGUUCUGGCUGAAAUGUUAUGAGCCAUGGAUUUACUAGUGAAAUGGAUUUGGUUUGGAAUACUUUUUCGCCUUCCGAUGUUUGGAUGCUUCGAUUUACACUUUUCGGAAACACUUCAGCCUGGAGCAACUCUAUUAAAUAUCUCUCUUGGACCAGGAUGGAAUUACAAAAUUGACAGAAGACUUACACCAAAAUCAAUCAGACACUAUGUCAAGAUUAAGAGAAGUGAUGGGGUAGUUUAUCUCGCUCGUAAAGUUGACUGUUCACGUUCAACAAGAUACCCAUUACCACUGUCUUUGCGAAUUUCAUCAUUAUUAUCUAAAAACUUUGUCUUGAUUCAUUUCAGUACAUAUGUACAUGGCCAGAACUGUUUUAUCAAAUACAAAAGAAAGAAUCUAAAACAUAAACUAGACGCCUUCAUUUAUCUCCAUUCUGGAUAUGGGGCGUGCUUAACCUCGGGCAUGCUACCUAUAAGCAUUUAUGAACAUUUACCGGUGUUUACACGGGAAUCGCAAAUACUCCGAUCGAUUUGCAAGGAGAUAGACGAGAAUGAAGAAAAUGUCAGCAGUUCAGCUUCAGCCACUGAACAGUGUUUGCCUCGGGAUGCAAGUUCACUCUGCACUGUACCUAGUUCUCAAGACAGCGUAAUAUUUGUGCAAGUUAAAUGGCAAUUUAGUCCAAAACAUAGUCAGGGUUUGCCAGUGAAGAGUGAACAGUGGUUGCGGGACCCAUGGGUUAAACGUAAUAAAAGAAACGUGAAUUCCCCUCCACAGUUUCAGCUGCCCAAUUACCAGGUUUCGAUACCCGAGAACGAGCCGUCUGCAACCAGGGUGAUUACGCUGAAAGCAUUCGAUCCAGACGACGGUGAUGCAGGUAUAAUAGAAUAUGGCAUGGAAGCUAUUUUUGACAGCAGAUCUAACGAUUAUUUUAAAAUAAAUCCUGAAACCGGCGGAAUUACAACUCUACAGCCUUUAGACAGGGAAAUUAAAGACACCCAUGUCUUCAAAGUUAUGGCCACUGACAAGGGGACUCCAAAGAGGUCUGCAACAGCUUAUCUCACAAUCACGGUCAGUGACAGGAAUGACCACAGGCCAGUAUUUGAACAAACUGAAUAUAGGGUUAGCAUUCGAGAAAAUGUGGAGGCAGGUUUUGAAGUGAUAACAAUCCGGGCUGUUGAUGGAGAUGCUCCUUCAAAUGCCAAUAUGAUAUAUAGGAUUGUUAAUGAGGCUGAGGUGAAUUCAGGAUUUGAAAUUGAUCCAAAGAAUGGCUUGGUUAAAAUCAGAAUUCGUCCAGACAGAGAAAUUCAGUCUCACUACCAAGUGUUAGUGGAGGCUAACGACCAAGGAAAAGAGCCCAGUCCACUCUCUGCUACAGCAACCGUGCACAUAACUGUCGAGGAUGAGAAUGAUAACUUCCCUCAGUUCAGUGAGAAAAGAUACGUUGUCCAGAUUCUUGAGAAUGUACUUGUCAACUCAAAGGUAGCUCAGGUGAAGGCCAAAGACAAAGAUGCCGGAAAUAAUGCCAAAGUACAUUACAGCAUCAUAAGUGGGAAUGUGAAAGGCCAAUUCUACAUUCAUAGCCCCACAGGUGUCAUUGAUGUCAUCAGCCCUCUGGAUUAUGAGAUGAUCAGGGAGUAUAAUUUGCGUAUUAAAGCACAAGAUGGUGGUAGGCCACCCCUCAUUAAUGGCACAGGUAUGGUCACUGUGCAGGUGGUGGAUGUGAAUGACAAUGCCCCUAUGUUUGUCAGCACUCCUUUUCAAGCCUCAGUCCUGGAGAAUGUUCCUAUCGGUCACUCAGUGAUUCACAUUCAAGCGAUUGAUGCAGAUUCAGGGGACAAUGCUCGCUUGGAGUACAGGCUCACAGACUCAUCAUCUGGCUUUCCCUUUGUCAUCAACAAUAGUACAGGUUGGAUUACAGUCAGCAUAGAGCUCGAUAGAGAGACCAGUGAGUUUUACACUUUUGGUGUGGAGGCAAUCGACCAUGGGGUUCCUUUGAUGUCAUCCUCAGCAAGUGUGAGUGUAAUAGUGUUGGAUGUGAAUGACAAUGCCCCCACAUUCAUGCAGAAACUUUACAACCUGAAGAUCAAUGAGGAUGCUGCAGUGGGAGUCAGUGUGCUCACGGUCACAGCUGUUGACAGGGAUGUGCACAGUGUGGUGACCUACCAGAUAUCCAGUGGGAACACACGGAAUCGGUUUGCCAUCACCAGUCAAAGUGGUGGAGGGCUCAUUACUUUAGCCUUACCGCUGGACUAUAAACAGGAACGCCAAUACAUCCUCACAGUAACAGCCUCGGACGGCACACGCUUUGACACAGCGCAGGUUUUCAUUAACAUCACAGACACAAACACCCAUCGGCCUGUGUUUCAGAGUGCCAACUAUCAGGUGUCACUGAAUGAAGACAGACCCGUGGGUUCAACUGUAGUGGUGAUCAGUGCUACAGAUGAAGACACUGGAGAGAAUGCACGCAUUACUUACAUGAUGGAAGACAAUGUCCCACAGUUCAAGAUCCACCCUGACACAGGUGCCAUCACCACUCAGAUCGAGAUUGACUAUGAAGACCAAGCCUCUUACACAUUGGCCAUCAUUGCACGUGACAAUGGCGUCCCACAGAAGUCUGACACCACUUAUGUAGAGAUUAUAGUCCUCGACGCCAAUGACAAUGCACCCCAGUUUUUGAGGGAUAUCUACCAAGGUACUGUGCUUGAGGAUGCACCUGUGUACACAAGUGUACUUCAGGUUGCUGCAUCAGACAGAGAUUCAGGGUCCAAUGGCAGGGUGAGUUAUACAUUUCAUGGAGGUGAUGAUGGCGAGGGUGAUUUCUUUAUUGAGCCUUACUCAGGCAUAAUCAGAACUGCCAGGAAACUUGAUAGGGAGAACGUAGCCACAUACAACCUCAAGGCUUUUGUGGUGGACAGAGGAGUUCCCCCUCUGAAAGCAGCAGUAGAUGUUCAGGUGACAGUUCUAGACAUUAAUGACAAUGCUCCUGUGUUUGAAAAGGAUGAGUUGUACAUCUUUGUGGAGGAGAACAGCGCUGUGGGUGCCACUCUGGCUCGCGUGAGUGCCACAGAUCCUGAUGAGGGAAACAAUGCCCAGAUCCUGUACCAGAUUGUUGAGGGCAAUGUUCCUGAAGUCUUCCAACUGGACAUCUUCAAUGGGGAUCUGAUUGCUCUCACUGACCUGGACUAUGAGGCUAAGAUGGAAUAUGUGAUUGUAGUCCAGGCCACCUCUGCCCCACUGGUCAGUCGGGCCAUUGUACAUAUUCGCCUCAUGGAUGUGAAUGAUAACCAUCCAGUUUUGCAGGAUUUUGAGAUCAUUUUUAACAACUAUGUCACUAACAAGUCCAACAGCUUCCCUGUAGGUGUCAUUGGGAAGGUGCCUGCCCGUGACCCAGAUGUAUCCGAUAAGCUUGUCUACACAUUUGUGGAGGGCAACGAGCUCCAUUUGUUGAUUCUGAACCAGGAUACAGGAGAGCUAAAGCUUAGCCAGGACCUGAACAACAACAGACCGCUGGAAGCCACCAUGAGAGUCACUGUGUCAGAUGGCCUCCACCAAGUCUCUGCUCUUUGCACGCUGCGUGUCACCAUCAUCACAGAUGACAUGCUGACCAACAGUGUCACCGUGCGCCUGGAGAACGUGUCCCAGAAGCGCUUCCUCUCGCCAAUGCUGGGCCUGUUCGUUGAGGGCGUGGCUACCGUGCUCUCCACCAGCCGCGAGGGCGUCUUCGUUUUCAACGUGCAGAAUGACACGGACGUGACGGGCGGCGUACUCAAUGUGACCUUCUCUGCCCUGCUGCCCGGGGGUGUCCCCGGACGCUUCUUCACCACGGAGGAGCUCCAGGAGCAGCUGUACCUGAAACGCGCCCUGCUAACACUUGUCACCGCCCAGCGCGUGCUGCCCUUCGAUGACAAUGUCUGCCUGCGUGAGCCCUGCCAAAACUACAUGAAGUGCGUGGCCGCACUCAGGUUUGACAGCUCGGCGCCCUUCGUCACCUCCAACGCCGUACUCUUCCGGCCCAUCCGGCCUGUGAAUGGCCUGCGCUGCCGCUGUCCGGGUGGCUUCACCGGCGACUACUGCGAGACGGAGAUCGACAUGUGCUACUCAGCACCAUGCAAAAACAACGGGAGGUGCCGCAGCCGUGAGGGUGGAUACACCUGCGAGUGCCUGCAGGAUUUCACAGGGGAGCACUGUGAGGUGAACUCUCGCUCGGGCCGCUGUGUUUCCGGCGUGUGCAGGAAUGGCGGCCGCUGCGUGGACCUGUUGGUGGGGGGGUUCAUGUGCCAGUGUCCAGAGGGGGAGUUUGAGAAGCCCUACUGCCAGAUGACCACUCGCAGCUUUCCUGGCCAUGCCUUUGUCACCUUCAGGGGCCUGAGGCAGAGGUUCCACUUCACACUGUCCUUCAUGUUUGCCACUAGAGAGAGGAAUGCACUGUUACUUUAUAAUGGCAGGUUUAAUGAAAGGCAUGACUUCAUUGCUGUGGAGAUUGUGGAGGAGCAGAUCCAACUCACCUUCUCUGCUGGAGAGAGCAAGACCACAGUAGCGCCGUUCCUCGCUGCUGGGGUCAGUGAUGGCCAGUGGCACACCGUUCACCUUCACUACUACAACAAGCCCAACAUUGGACGCUUCGGCCUCCCUCAUGGGCCUUCAGAGGAGAAGGUUGCUGUGGUUGCUAUAGACGACUGUGACGUUGCCAUGGCAGUACGUUUUGGUGGUCAGAUUGGAAACUACACCUGUGCAGCCCAGGGCACCCAGACGGGCCAGAAGAAGUCUCUGGACCUCACUGGGCCUCUGCUCCUGGGUGGCGUUCCAGACCUCCCAGAGGAUUUUCCUGUACAUAACCGCAACUUCAUGGGCUGCAUGUGGAACCUCACCAUCGAUGGUGCACCCAUCGACAUGGCCAGCUUCAUCGCCAACAACGGAACCACUGCAGGAUGCCCGGUGAAAAGUGAUUUCUGCAGCGGGAAUUUGUGUCACAAUGGAGGACUGUGCAUGAACAAGUGGAACACGUACUCCUGUAAAUGCCCACUGGGCUAUGGAGGGAAGAACUGCGAACAUGUGAUGCCUUCAACCCUCCAGUUUGAUGGCCAUGCUGUGGUUUCCUGGAGUGACCCUGACAUCACCAUAGCAAUCCCCUGGUACGUGGGCCUGAUGUUCCGCACCCGCGAGAGUGCUGGCAUGCUGCUGCAGGCUGGUGCUGGGGAGCUGUCCAAAUUUACCCUCCUGGUGAGCAGCAGGCACCUGCAUUUCCAGGUGUUCCUUGGGCCACGGCGGGUGGCGUUGCUGGAGUUCCCGCAGGUGCGGGUCAGCGAUGGCGAGUGGCACCACAUCCUGGUCGAGCUGAAGAGUGGUAAAGAUGGGAAGGACAUUAAGUACAUGGCCCUGGUGUCUCUUGACUAUGGAAUGUUCCAGGGGACAGUGGAGAUUGGGAAUGAGCUUCCAGGCCGCAGGUUGAGGACUCUGUCUGUGGGAGGCCUGCUGACGAAAGAUGCCACAGUGCUCAACGGCUUUGUUGGCUGCAUGCAGGGUGUGCGGAUGGGAGAGACCUCCACAAACACGGUGAAUGUGAACAUGCGUCAGGCUCUGAGAGUGCGCAUCAGGGAUGGCUGUGACCCAGCCAACAUGUGUGUGUCCAACACAUGUCCUGCACACAGCCGCUGCAGGGACAACUGGUCCUCACACUCCUGUGUGUGUGAGCCAGGUUACUUUGGACGUGGGUGUGUGGACGCAUGUCUGCUGAACCCAUGUGAGCACACCUCCACCUGCGUGCGCAAGCCCAGCACCAAGCACGGCUACAUCUGCCAUUGCGGACACAACUACUACGGGCGCUACUGUGAGCACAGAGGAGAUCAGCCAUGUGCUCGGGGAUGGUGGGGCUACCCAAACUGCGGCCCAUGCAACUGUGACAUCGACAAAGGCUUCAAGAGAGACUGUAACAAGACUACAGGGGUGUGCAGCUGCAAGGAUAAUUACUAUCGUCUGGCUGGCAGCGACACCUGUUACCCAUGCGAGUGUUUCCAUCUUGGAGCUCACUUGCGGACCUGUGACCCCGAGACAGGUCAGUGCCCCUGUAAGAUGGGCGUGGUUGGACGCCAGUGUAACCGGUGUGACAACCCCUUCGCGGAGGUGACUGCCACCGGCUGUGUGGUGGUUUAUGAGGGCUGCCCUAAGGCCUUUGAAGCAGGCAUCUGGUGGCCCAAGACUAGAUUUGGUGGCCCUGCAGCGAUGGACUGUCCCAAAGGAUCUAUCGGCACCGCCGUUCGCCACUGCAAUGAGGAGAAAGGCUGGCUGCCCCCUGAGCUCUUCAACUGCACAUCUCUUAGCUUCGUCGGGCUGAAGAAAGAGAGCGAGGAGCUACGUGCUAACUCCUCCAGGCUGGAGGGGGGCCGUUCCCAAGGGCUGAUGGCCUGGCUGCGUGCUGCCACCAGCGAGCACACAGAGAGCAUGUACAUCAGCGACGUGCAGUUGGCCUAUGAGCUGAUGAGCAGCAUCCUGCAGCAUGAGAGCCUGAAGCAGGGCUUUGACCUGGCCGCCACUCACGACUCCAACUUCAACCAGGACUUGGUGUGGGCAGCCAGUGCAGUCCUGGACCUGGUGAAGGAGCCACACUGGGAGCAGAUCCAGCGAUCAGGUGGAAGCAGUGCUGAGCUUCUGCACCAUUUUGAGGACUAUGCCAGCGCAUUGGCACGGAACAUGAGGAAGACCUACCUGAAGCCCUUCACCAUCAUCACCAACAACAUGCUUGUUUCCGCAGACAUCCUGGACUCGUCCACUCCAGACCUGGCUGAGCUCCCUCGUUUUAGCAAGAUAAAGGAGGUCUAUUCCAAAGAGCUGGAGUCCUCUGUGUUCUUCCCAGACAUAUUUAUGAAGCCAUCAGAAAGCACAGGCAUUAUUACUACAGAGACCCCAGUACAGAGUAAUUCCAAUACACCCUACACAGGUCCUGAUGGGACAUAUUCUCCACCUCUUGCUGGCCCUGCACCAUCUGCUAAGAAAAGACAACACACAGAGCUCAUUGACCCUCCAUCUGUUGCCAUGGUGAUCAUCUACAGGUCACUAGGCCAGCUCCUGCCUGAGACCUAUGACCCAGACCGACGUAGCCUCAGUAGACUGCCUGCACGACCGGUCAUCAACAGCCCUGUGGUGACUGUGGUGGUCCACCAAGAGCGUGAGGCCCCAACUUCUCCGCUAAUGCAGAGACCCAUCACCCUGGUAUUCAGAUUGCUGGAGACGCAGGAGAGGACCAAACCUGUGUGUGUCUACUGGAACCACUCCAUUCUGGUGGGCAGCUCGGGUGGAUGGUCUGCUAGAGGCUGUGAGCUUGUGUUCAGGAACUCCACCCACAUCAGCUGCCAGUGUUACCACAUGACCAGCUUCGCCGUGCUCAUGGACAUCUCCAAACGAGAGCAUGGGGAUGUUCUGCCUCUGAAAGCAGUCACCUACACAACCGUGUCCACCUCCCUGGUGGCCCUCCUCAUCACCUUCCUCCUUCUGGCCAUUCUGCGCAAGCUCCGCUCUAACCUGCAUAGCAUCCACAAGAACCUGGUGGCCACCAUCUUCUUUUCCGAGCUCAUCUUCCUCGCUGGCAUCAACCAGACUGACAACCCGUUUGCAUGUACGGUGGUGGCCAUUCUUCUGCACUACUCCUACAUGUGUACAUUUACGUGGAUGUUUGUGGAGGGGCUGCACAUUUACCGCAUGUUGACCGAGAUGCGCAAUAUUAACCAAGGCCACAUGAGGUUCUACUACGCCAUUGGCUGGGGCAUUCCUGCUAUCAUCACAGGUCUGGCUGUUGGGUUGGAUCCUCAGGGUUAUGGAAACCCAGAUUUCUGUUGGCUCUCUGUUUAUGACACUCUCAUCUGGAGCAUCACAGGGCCCAUCUCCUUUGUCGUGCUGAUAAAUAUAGUUAUAUUUGUGCUGGCAGCAAAGGCCUCUUGUGGAAGGAGACAGCGAGCAAUUGAGGAGUCAGGAGCAAUCUCUGCGCUGCGAGUAGCCUUCCUGCUCCUGCUGCUCGUCAGCGCCACCUGGCUGCUGGGCCUGAUGGCUGUCAACAGUGAUGUUCUUACCUUCCACUACCUGUUCGCCAUCCUCAGCUGCCUGCAGGGCAUAUGCAUCUUCUUCCUGCACUGUGUCCUCAACAAAGAUGUUAGGAUGGGUCUGCAGAGUGCUUUCACUGGGCCUAAAGUACCAGCGGAGGAGUCCAGUGGCACCCGCAUGACUCUGCUCACUCGCUCUCUCAAUGGCAACAUGUCCAUAGAGGAUGGCUGCCUGUACCGCUCGCAGAUUGGAGAGUCCACAGUGUCACUGGAGAACUCAGUCAGAUCGGGAAAAAGCCACACAAGCAGCUGUUUGGCCUACACACUCAGGGAGGAGCAGAAGCACGGUGUGCCACAAAAUGGCAGAAAAGAGCUAUGUGACGAGGGUGACUCUUCUUUAUUCUUCAGAAAGAGCAAGAGAGGAGGCGACUCAGAUUCAGACAGUGAACUCUCAGUGGAUGACCACAGCAGCUCAUAUGCUUCCUCACAAUCGUCUGACAGUGAAGAAGAGGAGAAGAGGAAGAGGCCAAAGUGGAACAAUGAGAGGACCCCCGUCCACAGCACUCCCAAAGUCGAUGCUGAGUCCAAUCAUGCAAAAUCUUACUGGCCGGUGGAGCCGCCCAUGGCCAAUGAGAGCGAGGGUAUUGGUGUCUUGGAAAAGCUGAGGGUUCAGACCAAACGCAGUGUGGAGCUCCAGGAGCCCAAUAAGCCUAACCCUAAUGGAGAGCUCUCCCAGAGCGAGGGGCCUCCUAGUCUGCCAGGAAGCAGCCAGCUGCCCAGGAGAGGUAUUUUAAAGAACAAAAUCACCUACCCUCCUCCACCAGCCAACAAAAAUCUGAAGAACCAUCUGCGGGAGAAAAUGUGUGACUACCCCCACAGCAUCCUGUGGAAGAGUCCCCCAGCAGGAUCAAAUGAAGGCAGCGCAGGUAAAGGUGUCACUAUGGACGACCCGCCUCUCACCCUCUCCCCAGUACUGAAUGGGGUUACCUUGGAGCUGGGCACAAGUGGAGUCCAUGGGGGUGAGCACACAGAGUCUGAUGGAAGCAAUGAAACCUCAAUCUGAAGGAGCUCUGUGGUUAGACUGCAAGUGUGUAAUAUCAGAGAUGUAGCUGCUGGGGACCUAGCUAUGUUUUUGCAGAGGACACUCACUGGCUACAUAACACUAUGCUCCUAUGGAGAACACAUGGAUAAAAUACUUGGUCCUUCCAGCAUUAGAAAGAGAGAAGAAUAUCCAAACCAUAAAACCAAGGGGAACUACAUUUCCCAACAUACACAGUGCAGAGCUGACCAGGAGACCUUAGACAGGGACAGACCUGAUGCUGAGAUGGAUGUGUUACAGUCAUGUUAAUUUAGUGUUGUCUGUUCCAGUUUCUAUACCCUGGUGCAUUAUGAAUUGGUACCAGACUAUACACCAUAACCAUUGCAUAGGUAACUGGGAGGUGAGACACUCCCACUCUGCCUGUGGAAAACCUUUGCCUCAAAGACUUCAUGAGUCUAAAAAGUGUCCUGCAAAAUGAUAAAUAAUAUGUACAGUAGCAUUAUUGUAUUUUAGCUGUUAAUAAGACUUUGUAAAAAUCCAUUGUAAUUAGCCUUUGUAACAGACUACCAGUAAAGAAUGUUUACUUUUGUUUUUGUUUGCUAAAUGUUGGGUGACCAUUUGUAUGGAUGAUUUCAGUGUUCAGAGUUACAGUGUAAUGAAGGAGUUUUUCAGUGUGCUAUCAGCUGAAAUAUGCUGUGAUUUUUUAAAAAGCGAUAUGACAAACAUUUCUUCUGUAUAAUGCCAUGUUCAUUCUACCUUGCAACCAUUUUUAUAGAUAAGACCAGAUAGUGUUUUAUAUCUGAAUGUGUAAAGAAUGCCUUACUUUUUCAUCUACUAAGUGCUAAUCAGAAUUAGUGUUUGUGUUACAUUUACACUGAAUAGUCCUUGCUUUCUGACUCCUUUUAAAGGAUGUUGAUUGGGCUCUGCCAAACAGAGUGCUUAGUAACAGCUCUUCUUCCAUAUACUGACUCAGGGACAAUUUUAUUGGCUUGUUUGUGUUUGGUUUUGUAUAUAUUUAAUUUAAUGACAAGACCAUGAUGAUGGUCUCACAUCUCAGAUCUGUAACCUGAGUGUCAUCUGUACUGAUUCUGAAAGCAAGUAAUUGCACAUGACUUACAUGCAAAUGUCUGUGGUUGUAGACAUUUGGUAAUCAGUUGUGCUUGCUGUUUUAGAAUAAAAUUUUCAUCCUAUUUUAGGCCAAAUUCUUUUAACUUCCUUCCUUAUUCUGAAGACCAUGAUGGAAAGAUAAUUGAAUCCAACAGUAUUUAUUGUCUUGCUACACACCAAGAGUUAAAGCUGAGAGAAUCAUUGGCAAACAUUAUAAAUAGGAAGGGAAUGUAUGGAAUUAGAAUCUAUGUCAUCGUAUAACUGUGAUAAAUGGGAAAAUGGGGACUCCUGAAUUGGAAACCCAGUUUCCUGUGUACUUCUUACUUCUUAUCAGUCUUUAACUUUGUUGACACUCUGCAUUUUCUUGUGAACAGUCAGACACUGGAUAUGCAUGUAAAGGUUAUGAAUUUGUUGGCACUGAAAUAAGAAACUGUG